AGGCGAAGGGGCAGGUCAGCCAGCGGGUCCACCUCGCUACUCGGACGUUCUCGAGCACGGUGGCCUGCGCGAUGGAAACAUACGUACCGCGUCGAGCGGUGCAGGCCCGAGCGGUGAAAGUUGUUGACGCCUGGUUCGACGUCGUCAAUAGCCGCUCGCCGUACGAUCAGAAGAAAGAGCGCUGCGGCUACGGGAUCACCGCCGAGAUCAAGGCACGCCAAGACCAGGCCCUGGCGGCCAUGGAUGAGCUCGUGCGCGGGGCGCGCAAGGCGACGUCCAAGCAGCCUCUUGGCCGAGCUACCCUCCUGCCGUUUCAGCACGGCGUCCUCCGCACGAACGCAUCCCUGCGCGGCCUCUACCUGGACGCGCAAACCGCGUGCCCCGGGCUGGGAUACAUCAUGACCUCUCAUGUUAAUCAAGAUUGCGUCGAGAACGCGUUCUCCCAGCUCCGAGGCAUGUGCGGUCGGAACACCACCCCAGACGCGGUGGAGGCCCGCAUACGUCUGAGGAUUAUGCUGAUGGCGCCGUCGCCGCUGGCCGCUGUGCAGAGCCGGAGUCUCCCAGUGCAGGUGGAGGGAGAUACAGACUUCCUCAGCACCUGUGCUCAGCCGCUGACGCCCAACAACGUCACAAACGCCGCCUAUGAAGGUCUGGACGUAGAGGACGAAUAUAAAUCAUGCGUGAUCCUUAUUCAAGCCUCACGCAUGCAAAUUCAAGACUCCAUCGGAAAUAGGGGAAGCUCAUUGACCCAGCGGACGCCGAGGCCUCCGAGCAGCGAGAGAACUGGGAGGCUGCCCUAUCAGUCCGCCAUGGACCAGCCGCCGCUACCGCCCGCCACCGGCGAUGACGACGACCCUCUGCCGGCUGCGGAGGGAGCGGCCGCCGCCGCGCCGGUGACGGACGAACUGGGGGUCGACCGCGAGGCGCUUGCCUUUGUGGCAGGCUACGUGGCCUCCAAGCGCCGCCACCUGUGCAGCGGUCUGGGUCAGCCAAGCUCCUGCUCUCCGGCGUCAGCGUUCGUGCCGAGCCGGUGGCUGCAGACAAUUAGCCGCGGAAACCUCUACGUUCUCAGUGAGUGGUAGAUGGAGGUGGUCGAGGACUUCAACACCAGGUUCCGUGAUGUGAUGGGCUCGACUGCUGACGUAGCGCCGGGGAUCGUCCAGCGACUAAUCGCCUGUGUGCUGGCCAAGGCACCGGAGCUGGACGAGCGAGUCGCACGAAAGCUCGCCAGCACGCGACUCCACCUGCGCCUCCGGUGGCUUAACACCGCCCGUGCCGAAGCAGAAGCCGAGCGGUACCGUGCCCGUAAAACAGCGCAACACGCGAGGAGCAGGACUUAGACAACACGGUACAGUCUCGGCGAUGACAAUCCCGGGUGAAAAUUCGAACGUUUUGGAUGCCGUUUGUGUGUAUUUGUGUAUUUAUGUUUCUGCGUGAACUGAUAUUUGUGUAAGUGUCGUUGACUCUCCCGAUCCGCUGCAUUGCAUGCACAUUGGACUGACGGAGAUCUGCAGGUGUCUGAAGAAAGAGUCGCAUGCCGUAGUGUCGUGUGCAGUGAUCUGGUCCUAAAUUUCCUUUCGUUUUCCCGCAGAAGGUAUGUUCCCCUUGAUCCGCGCACUGUUGUGCUUGAUGUCGACUGCGAUCGCUGUAAUUAGACUUUGUACACCUCUCGUCUUGUGUGCUUUCUUGUUGGCUUGAUCAAAGGGACGUGGAAGUCCCAGUGAGGUGACGAAUUGUAUCAGCCACUUCAACUUGUCAUUGAAAUGACUGAGUUCCCGAAGAGAUGAUAUUCAACGAAAAAA